AUGGCAAUGGCCCUUGACGCCCAUUUUCUCGUCAUAACAGCUAUAGUCACUACUGGGUAUCAGUUGCCUUUCUUCAUAAUCGCAGCUUAUUUCAAGUUCGAUAAAGUCAUAGAUUUUGCCGGUACCACAAACUUCGUUACACUUGCAAUAAUGACUCUACUUCUGAAAGGAACAUGGCAUUUCAGACAGAUUGUCCUGACAAUGUUUGUGUUAAUCUGGGGUCUUCGCUUAGGCACAUUUCUGUUGUUGAGGAUCCUGCAAUGGGGCGAAGACCGCCGUUUUGAUAAAAUACGCGACAAUCCAACAAGUUUGGCUGGUCUCUGGACCUUACAGUGUAUAUGGAUAUGGACCGUAUGCUUGCCUGUCACAAUAGUGAAUGCCACUGAAAGAGAUCCAUCGCUAAAACCUCAAGAUAUAAUCGGUUGGAUGAUGUGGCUUGUGGGCAUAACUAUUGAAGCAAUUGCUGAUCAGCAGAAGCUUAUGUUCAUAAAGUCUCCAUCUAAUAAAGGGAAAUGGUGCAACAUAGGAACCUGGAAAUAUUCUCGUCAUCCAAAUUACUUUGGUGAGAUUCUUCUUUGGUGGGGAAUAUUUAUAGCUUCUAUCCCUGUUCUGGAAGGUGGUGAAUGGCUUGUAAUAUUUAGUCCUAUUUUUACGACAUUGCUACUUUCUCUAGUCACUGGGAUAUCCAUCCUUGAGGAAUCAGCAGAUAAGCGUUUCGGUGCUCUAAAGGAGUACAUAGUCUACAAAUCUACAACUAGCCCUCUUAUUCCAUUGCCACCAGCUGUAUAUGGGAGCUUGCCUUCAUGGUUAAGGGUAACAUUUCUUUUUGAGUUUCCUCUCUACAGUCGAGGGCUUCACAAUCAAGCUUGAGUAAAGUAACUGAAAGAACCCAAUAAAAAAACUAGUCUGUGCUGCAUUGAUGCUUCGUUUGUGUACCCUUUUAUGUUAUAAGACAUCAAAUGGUUUCUUGUGAAUUUGUAGUACAAACAUCUGGACCUUAUAUUUUACCCCUGCUUCACUAACUAUAAACUCCU